AUGGCGGGGAGUUUCCCAAUUCCCUCACCGAUGCUGAGGGAGCGUCACAGCGAGAGUCCGGGUGUUGGCUACGAUACUGCACCAGAUAGCAACAAGCCUCUGGGAUUUGCAGCGGGAGAGCCUUUUAAACGGGACUCAGCGUCUCUCUUUAGGCAGAGGAGCCGGCAAAGGAACCGCCGCCUCUACUUCAGUCUUGCAGCUCAAGUGGCAGUGGCUCUUCUUGCCGUAGCCUACUUGGUGCUGCGUUGCAGCAUUCAAAUUGGAUCACGAAAUGGGCAUUCUGCCGUCCACAGGUCUCUGUCAAGUUCUGAGUCGGAAGAUGAGGAUUUUCAGGACGCCUGUGAAGAUAUGGAUGUGCCAUCAACUUCAAGUGCUACGUUUUUUUCCACCGGUUCUGCUGAAAGAAGCCUCCUAAUGCGGGCCGAGCGCUAUGCAGGCAAUCUGGCGGAAUUUGUGAAACAAAUGAGUCGCGUGGGUGUCAGUAUUUACCCAGAACUGCGCCGCAGCCUGCUUGCUACCACGUUGGGUCUUGUAGUGGUAGAGCUAGGAGCCCUAGCGAGCUUGCUGGGACCCGAAUUUUCAGCGGUCAUUGUAGCUGCGGGCAGAAUUUACACUGCAGCGCAGGAAUUGCGCGCCACUUUUGGCCGGAAAAUCCUCUCACACAAUGCCUUGCGCCACCUCCGAAGAAUGCGCCAGCUCUUGAAAAAAUUGCAGGAAGUGGAAAAGGCUUCUCCCGACAUGCCUCAGGAAGAGCUCUUCUCGCGUCUUGAGUCUUUGCUGGAAUUGCAAGAAACAGCACUCGCGCAUGUGUGGCUGGGACUGAAGAACCUGGCAUCUUGUUCCUUCUCAGAUCUUGGAGCUGACCACGAGGAAAUACCGAAUAUUUUGGAUGCCAUAAAAAGGACUGUGAUGGCCCGAAAAGCCCAAGUACUGCGACAACCCCUUUACAGAGGCUGGCUGAUGGAGUUCCAUGGACAAAGAUGGCACUUCGGAGUCACGACCUACAAGAAUAUCGAGCGCUUCGUACAGGAAGGCCCCAGACCUCACAAAGAAGACAUGGAAGACCUCCAAAGUACUGCACUGGGCAAAUUGCAUGCCAGGGAGGCUGCCAUGUGGAAGGUGCAAGAGGCACUUCAGGUCUCAGGAAUUGUCACUGGGGACCAGUCAGCUGCACAGGACUCCGACAGAGAAGCCGCUGCUUCCAGUGACGUCUCAGCGUCUUCUAGGGCCUCGACAACACCUGGCAGCUCCUCAUCACGCAGCUCUCCCGUGGCUGAGCCUUCAGGCACUGAGCGGGGAGAAACGGAUUCCCGCGAAAGUGCCGUAUCGAGGUUGCAAGAGGCAUUUGAACUUUCGUCGCUUGUCACUGGGAAACAGCCAGAUUUGGGGGAUUCGGACGAACAAUUCGAAGAUUCAAGCUCGCAAGAAGAUUCUCCCGCGGAGUUUUACACGCCCACUGGCUCCCCAAUGCCUGGCCACACGGAGGACGCUUUUGGCACCUCAGGGGCGGAGCGCUUUGCUGGCCUUCUGCGUGGAGAUUUGGGGGAUUCGGACGAACAAUUCGAAGAUUCAAGCUCGCAAGAAGAUUCUCCCGCGGAGUUUUACACGCCCACUGGCUCCCCAAUGCCUGGCCACACGGAGGACGCUUUUGGCACCUCAGGGGCGGAGCGCUUUGCUGGCCUUCUGCGUGGCCCCAGCUCCUCUGAGGCUUCCGCGGGACCCGAACUCUUCGGCCCCUUCACUACUUUCAGCUCGGAAGUUCACUCAUCUUCCCGAAGAACCUCAGCUGGGUGGAGAGCCGUGGGGUCACUCUCAGUGCCUCCACCGCAUGAGACAGGUGGAGCUUCUGCGUCAUCUGAAACGCCCAGCUCUUUUGGUCCUCCUGAGACUCAAGAAGAUGAUGACUGGUGGUAG